AUGUACCUUUCUCCCUGGGCUAUUUACUACCUAAACCCAAUGGAUUUGGUGAAUAUUUAUCAUCGACAUGGUGUGCCUGAGUGGCUGAGCCAGCCGCCCAUGUGCCCCUCCGGUGCUGCGCGGCAGCAACAUCAUUGGCUGCGAGUUCGUGAAGGCCCCAAGAUUGAAGCGAAGAAGGCUGCACCAGCGCCAUCCUUUCCCGAUGGCGUCGAAGUAUGGUGUGACUGUCCGGAUGCGGCACUAGACAUAUGUUUCGUCCACGGCCUGACCGGUGAUCGAAAUCAUACCUGGACCGCCGAUGGGGAGAGAGUACCGUGGCCAAAGACGUUUCUACCUCCAAGACUCGCCAAGACCCGUAUUCUCACCUAUGGGUACGACGCAUAUGUCGUCAAGAAGACGACCGCCUCUGUCAACCGCCUCCUCGACCACGCGAACAAUCUGCUGCAGGACUUCUCGACAGAUAGAGCAAUUUGCGGUGUCGGGAAACGACCAGUCGUCUUCGUGGCACACAGCCUGGGGGGCCUUGUGUGCAAGAAGGCGAUCUUGCAAUCAGCCGAGAGUCCACAGCCUCGACUUCGUGCCCUGUUCGAGAGCACCAAAGGGAUAAUCUUCCUGGGCACACCGCACGAUGGAAGCUCGAUGGCCGCCUGGGCUAAGAUCCCAGCCUCUGCCCUCAGCCUCGUCAAAUCAACCAACCUGUCCUUACUCGGUGUUCUUGGGAGCGACAACGAGCUGCUCGAGUCAAUUCAAGUCAGCUUCCGCAACCUAGUGCGCACCUCCAAGGCAAACGGCAAGCCUAUUGAGGUGACGUGCUUCUUUGAACAACUUCCCAUUCUCGGUGUUGGCGUGGUUGUGUCCAAGAGGUCUGCAGCGAUCGCAGGCGAGGAGGAGCCCAUGUCAAUCAACGCCGAUCACAGAGGGAUGACCAAGUUUACCUCUGUUGAAGAUAAUGGAUUCAAGCGACUGUUUGGAGAGUUGAUUAGGUGGAAGAGUGAGAUCGAUGCUGAUAACUUGCUCCCAACCGACUCGAGGCCCGAUCCUGAUAUUCGCUCUCAUGACAUCGAACGCCCGGUCGAAGGCACGUGCGAAUGGCUUCUAGAGCACACAACAUUGCGGGAGUGGGCAGAGCGCCAACGCGGCAUGCUGUGGAUCAAGGGCAAGCCUGGAUCUGGAAAGUCAACCCUUCUGAAAUAUGCUUUUGAAAAGAGACAAAGGAUAAUCAGCACCGGAGAAGACAGCCUUGUGUUGUCAUUCUUCUUCCAUGAUCGCGGCAACCACCUGCAAAAGUCUCCUGUAGGCUUCCUGCGGUCUCUGGCCUACCAGAUAAUCAGACAAGUCCCAGAAAUAUUGACCGGUUCUGGCGACCCGUUCCAACAAAGAUGCCGGGAAGUACAUCGGCAGGGAGAUAAAGGCGAGUGGCACCCCAGGGAGUUGCAAGACUUUGUUGAGCAGUCCCUGUCCAAGAUCCUCGCGAGCCGCGGAGCAUGGUUGUUUGUGGACGCCCUCGACGAAUGCGGCAAGGCGAGUGCUGUUGAGAUGUUCAAGUGGUUUACACACCUGAUGAAGAAGCUCUCGGUAUAUGGCUUUGGCCUCCACCUCUGCGUCAGUUGCCGCCACUACCCAAUUCUAAGCCAAGCUUGCGAGUUCGAGAUCUGCCCAGAGCACCAGAACCGGGAAGACAUGUCUGCCUAUGUUCAAUCUCGGUUUCAGGGCUCUGGUUCUCUUCAAAAGUCUAAAAUUCCGGACCUGAUCACAUACCGUGCUUCUGGUGUCUUCAUGUGGGCUCGGAUUGUCAUCGAUGAAGCGAUAAAUCUCGAUAACGAAGGAGAGUCGCUCGCAAGCAUCGAAACCAGAGUCACCUCCAUUCCGAAGAAGCUGGACGAACUAUACAGUGAGCUCAUAGGACACAUGAACGACAAGCCAAACUCUCUCAGACUUAUUCAGUGGGUAUGCUUUGCCCGACGGGCCUUGACGUUGAGCGAGCUCCGUUGGGCCAUGGUCAUCGACCCUGAAUCUUCUAACCGGCUUUGCGAAUACUACUCUCAGCACCAUGACUAUAUCCGGGACAAAGACCAAUUGAAGAGACGUAUCCAAACUCUUAGUUGCGGGCUUGCUGAAAUUCUACCGACCGAGGAAGGCCAUGUCCAACUGGUUCAUCAGUCUGCAAAGGAUUUCCUUCUCGAGCGAGGCUUGGCGAUGCUCGACUACAAGGCGUCGUCGCCACAUGGCACUGUCGUGGGGAAGGCACACUUCUGCCUGGCAAAGUCCUGCUUGCGUUACCUCGCCCUGGAUAUCAUGGCGGAUUUCGAUUCAAUGAAGAGGAAGACAGAGGAUAGCAUCAAGCUGACUGCUCCAUUGCUCAGCUACGCCGUCUCUUCAUGGCCGGAGCAUGCGAUGCGAAGUGACGAAGAAGGUGUCCCGCAGGACGAUAUCCUCGAGAUUGUCGCAUGGCCAUCGAAUGACCUGGUCGAAUUGUGGAUGAGCUAUUCCUCUAUGUUAAACCUCUUACACCCCCAGCCCGACAAGGGAAGUAACCUCGUUCACAUCAGCGCAUUAUACGACAUCCCAGGACUACUGGCAGCUGUCUACCGAAAGGCAGGUCACGACCACCCCUACUGCAGGCAUGAUCGCGGUCAUACCCCUCUGAACAUUGCUUCUGUCAGAGGGCGAAGGAAAAUCGCAAAGAUGCUAAUCGACCCUGAUUAUGCCAUGCGAGUGGCAGCUGCGACCGGUAUGGAGUCAACCAGCGUCAAGCCGACAACAGAUGCGACAGACCUUGGUCGAGGCGGCUCAGAUCCCAGGCCGAAGAGCGUGGUCAAGAUCGUACCCCUUCCCCUGAAUAAGGACGUCGAAAUCAACUCUCAAGGUUUCGAGGGCCGAACGCCUCUUCUGGGCGCCGUCUGCGGCGGGCACGUGGACAUUGUGAAGCUGCUUUUGAAGACAGGGAAAGCGGAUAUCAAUGCGAAGGAUCGUUGGGGAGGAACGGCUCUGGCUUGGGCCGUACUAAAUUGUAGUAGUGAAAUAGUGGAGCUUUUGCUGGCUACUGGAGAACUGCAACUCGAGCCGGUUGACCACGCGGGCGGCACACCGCUGUCGAUAGCUGCUGCUAAACGAGGAUCACUUCAAACACUUCAGCUUCUGCUUGACACAGGCAAGGUGGAUGUGAACAGACGAUGUCUUGAAGGACGGACGCCUUUAUCCUACGCUGCUGGGCAGGGUUAUAUAGACAAUGUGGAAGCCCUGCUAAAGGAAGAGAAAAUCGACAUUAACUCCAGGGACUGCACAGGAAGAACGGCGUUGACGUGGGCGCUUCGAGGCUUAAAAGACCUUGAAACCAUGGCUCCAUUGAUGGAUCUAGCUUCAAUGCAGGAGCUACGGUGGGCAUAUGAAAAAACUGUAGAGUUGCUUUCUAGCGUAGGUGCAGUCACAGAGGAGACUCAGCAGUAA